CGUCUUCGACGAUGUGGCUGCGUGUAACGAUCGCUCUUCUCUUGGCCUGCGUGGCCAUGGCUCUGGCCCAGGGCGACGGACGCUAUCGUCCUCCACCCACGCGGGCUCCCGCCGGCGGAGACGGACGCUAUAGAGGCGGCAACGAUGGCAGGUACACGGGCGGCAACGAUGGCCGGUAUCGGGGAGGCAACGAUGGCAGGUACUCUGGAGGGAAUGAUGGACGCUAUGUCCACCAGGACAACAAGUACCAGCACGACGAUCGUCCUGGCGGGGCUUACUCGGGCGACCAAGGACGGUAUGUGGGCGACAAAAACAGAGGCGGCGGCUCUGGUGGAGGCGGCGGAGGAGGUGCAGGAGGUGGAGCAGCGUCCGGCGGAGGCGGGGCUUCUGUGCCUAGAGCCACAGCCAGACCCAAGCCGCGUCCUAGUACUCCAGCUCUACCUGCGGUGCCCGAUCCCACUGCCAAUUUACCCAAGGGACGGGGCACUGGCGAAGGCGGCAACGGUUGGGCCAUUAUCCGUCAGGAGGACGAUGUGGAGCAGGAUGGCUAUCAUUAUCUCUGGGAGACGGAGAACGGCAUUCUGGCCGAGGAGAGUGGACGCAUCGAGAAGCUGACUGAGGAAGAUGGCCUGCGCUCCAAGGGCUUCUACGAGUACACCGGAGACGAUGGCAUCCUCUAUCGCGUGGACUACGUGGCAGAUGACAAUGGUUUUGUGCCUAGUGCUGCCCACCUGCCCACAGCUCCACCUGCACCGCCCUAUGUGGCCAAGUUGUUGGAGUAUCUCGAGGCGAAUGCCAAGAAGAAGAAGUAAAUGUAGAGUUGAAAUGUCAAAGGUUGAUGAAAUAAAUAAUGUGCCAUAAGUAAAA